AUGCCGUCUUCGGAAUACACUGCGGCCAGCGGUGGUGCUCUGAAGCUCAAAGGCGGCGGCGUUGACAAGAAAAAGAAAAAGAAGAAGCCAAAGACUACCGAAUCUACAAAACCCUCUGAAGACACGUCCAUCGACGUCGCGAAACGAUCCACUACCGACAAUGACGCGCGCAAGUCACCUUCAGGCACACCUGGCCGCUCAAUCUCGCCCGAGGCCGUAGAAAGAUCGAUACGAGAGGGUGGCGGAAGACAGAAGACGGAGGCUGAAAGGCGACACGAUGAGAUGCGAAGGAAGAGGCUGGAAGAGAGAUUGAAGAAGGAAGGAGUGAAAACACACAAGGAGAAGGUAGAGGAGCUGAACAAGUAUCUGAGUGGACUGAGCGAACACCACGAUAUGCCCAAAAUCGGACCUGGCUAA